AUGCUGCCCAUAGAACUACUCCUCAAAAUCGUCGACCACCUCGCAGACGACCCAAAACCAACAAAGCACCUCACAAACCUCUCACUCACCAGCCGCACAUUCACAGCUGCAUGUCAAUCCCACUUGUUCAAAGAGCUCAAUUUGGAAGGAUCGCGCAUGGAGGUACCCUUCAAGCUCAAGUUCCUCCAGGAUGUCGUCCUAGAUGGGAACCCUUCCAUCUUGAACUACGUUCAAAGUCUCCGAAUUUCGUUCACCUGGCCCCUCCGAAUGCCGUUUUCAGACUCGGAGGAGACUCACAUGAGGGCUUCGCCAUGGCUGCUCAAUGAUCCAACGUUCAAACGCGUGUUGGAGUCGUUGGGCAGCCUCCCGAGUCCUCCAAAAAGUUUAGCUCUAUCCCACGUAGGGGGAGACGUGGCACAAAGCUCCAUCCUAUCUUGGAUCCGACACUCGUUCUUCCCCAGCAGCAUCACGAAACUCGAGUUGACAAACUGCGACGACGCGCCGAUGCACAUCUUCCUCCUCCUUCCGCACCUCAAGGAGCUCGUUCUUAAUUGCACAAGCACAGACUUUGACAUCAGAAAGGAACAACACCGGAAGGAACUAGACUCCGUGGUGGAGGAAGGAACUCUAGGCGAUUUCUACACCUCACAUCGCAUCAUCCGACAACUUCUUCGGUCUAUUCGAGAUCGCCACGUACGACCUCUAGUCGACUUAUCAAGGCUCCGAAUCCUCAAAGUCUGUCCACACGAAGAGCGCGGCCCAGAAUACUGGCAACGACUAAUCAACUUGUCGCGCGAAACCCUGGAGGAAAUACAUCUCACAUACCAACCCACGAACCGUUGGGGAGACCCGUGCUCAGUGGACUGGUAUUUCUACACCCCACUCGGCACCCUCAUAAACCUCUCCAAGACCCGCAACCUCCGCGUACUCGCUUUCGCCAUCUCAACAUGGUUCAAAAAAGGACGACCGCAUCUCGACGUCGUAGGUGACAUCACCACCGUCCUAGCCUCUCUCACCCCACCCUCCAUGAAUCUUCUCACCACCCUCCAUCUCGCAAUCACCAUCUACGAUUCCGACCCCUUCCCAAUCACCCACAAGCAGAACUGGGAUGGACUGUGCAGCGAGAUCAUCCGGUUAUCAUGCGGGAGGAGUAACGCGGACGCAGAGGCGAGGUUGGAGGUCGAAGUGGACGUAACGGUUUGGAUGCUUAACUGCAAAGUCACCAAGGACUGGGGUCCCUAUGACCAUAUCGAGCAAAGUCUCUCCCCUCUUCGAGAAAUGGAUGGAUUAGAUUACCGAAUUACUUUUCCUUCAGAGAUGGUGCCAUAG